AUGGCGACCCCCUACGAAAAAGCCCUCGCAGCCAUCGACGCCGCCCACGCCCUCGACCCCACCCUCACCACCCCCUCCUCGGGCCCCCAAAUACCCUACGAACUGCACUACGCGCAAAAAUCCACCUCCUACCUCACGCAACGCCACCCCACCGCCCCCGAAACCCUCCGCCUAGCAAUCCGCGCCCAACACUUCCGGCGCUGGGAAGUGCCGCGCUCAUCCUACCCGAUGACUCGUCCGGGCUACCACGCCUGGCGCACAUUCCUAAAAAAACGGCAAGCGUCGCUCGUAACGCAGAUCUGUCUCGACGCGGGCUUCAGUCCCGAGGAUAGCGAGAGAGUAGGCGCGCUGAUCCGCAAGGAGGAUUUGAAGAGCGAUGAGGAGACGCAGGUGCUUGAGGAUGUGGCGUGUCUGGUGUUUUUGGAUGAUCAGUUUGAGGCGUUUGAGAGGGAGCAUGAUGAGGGGAAGAUAUUGGGGAUAUUGAGGAAGACGUGGGGGAAGAUGAGUGAGAGGGGGCAUGAGUUGGCGUUGGGGAUUGGGAUGAGUGGGAGGAGUGCGGAGCUUGUGGGGAAGGCGCUUGCGGGGUGA